CCAACAUCGGCUUCCCACAAUCUUCAUUCACUGUACAUUUCCCCAGGUUCAAUACAAUGAUGGCUAUCCCAGGCGAUUACAAUGACUCGAUCUUGCAGUUAGGUUCACCGACUGCAAUCUUGCCCCCAGUGGGGGAUUAUAGCUAUGCUGCCCGAAUACAAUUAGUUUCAUAUCUCCACUUCGUAUGAUCGAGAGCAUGGCGUUUCACAACGGGUAUGGGCUUGAAAUGCGUCGUGUGUUCCCAAUGAGUGAUAUAGAAUUAGCACAAUUAAAAGGGUUCGGCACUCUUGUGGAGAAUCGCAACAGGAAAUUCCAUUCGCAAUUCGUUAUAGUGACAUUUAACUUGGUGGCGAGCUCAAAUUUGGAAUCCGGAUAUGAGACCGAGGGUUCCCAAAACCCGACUGACAACGUAUUGUUGGGAAGUUCAGGCUAGCAUGAUCCGAAUUUGGCUUCGAAAGAGUGAAUCGAGAAGAAUCUCGGGUAUGCCUGACUGGUAAUCACUCGUUAAUUAGGGGGUAACUCCCUCGCAGGAUUUCGCCAGGCGCGGGCAGUUGAACUUGGGGUUGUGGCAGGAUUUUCCGUUUCAAAUCACUGCCGUACCAUAGCUGCCUCGGUUUGACAAGGGCUGCUUAGCAACAAUCAUGUACUCAGGUUCGAUUUGAUUCUGUUGCGAUCGCAAAGAGUCGGUGUAAGAAAGCAAAUCCCAUCACUCCAGAAAUCCUUGUGCUUGGAUUGUAAAGACAAUAGGGCAAGAUUUACAAUAUGCUGCCGACAAAUUUGG